AUUAUUUGUGUCUCCGAAUAAUUCUUUGUUUCUUUGUGAAUUUUAAUAUAAAAUAAUACUAUAAAUUCUGCUCCUGUUAUAACGUAGUGAAAAUCUCUAAGGAAAAUUAAACUGUGACACAGCUCAUUCGAGAUUUGUAAAAGAAGUCUUGUAUGAAGAUUCAUUGAAAAUAUUAACAUAAAAACAGCAACAAUGAAUGAAAAUGGUGAAGUGAAAAAUUUAGAUCGCUUUAAAAUUUUAUAUCCCAACGUAACUGAACCUUUGCCAUUAUGUUGGAGUAGCACAGAAAAGAAUAAUUCUAUAGGAUUAUCAAAUGGAAAUUUGCGUGUUCAUUAUAAAGGAGUUGGAAAAUCACACAAUGAUGCAGCAUCUGUCCGAACAAACUGCCCUAUUCCAGCAUCUUGUGGACUUUAUUAUUUUGAAGUAAAAAUCAUUUCAAAAGGACGAGAUGGCUAUAUGGGAAUUGGAUUAACAGCUUCUUCAGCAUCUAGUUUUAAAAUGAACAGAUUACCAGGUUGGGAUAAACAAUCGUAUGGUUAUCAUGGCGAUGAUGGAAAUUCAUUUUGUUCGUCCGGAAAUGGACAACCUUAUGGACCUACUUUUACUACAGGCGAUGUAAUUGGAUGUGGCGUAAAUUUAGUUGAUAAUACUUGUUUUUAUACCAAAAAUGGUCAUCACCUUGGAAUAGCCUUUCGAGAUUUACCAGCGAAGUUAUAUCCAACUGUGGGACUUCAAACACCAGGCGAAAUUGUUGAUGCUAACUUUGGUCAAAAGCCUUUUGAGUUUGAUAUUGAAGACAUGAUAAAAGAACUGCGUGCUUCAACAAAAGCAGCAAUUUAUACGUUCCCAUUGCCUGAAGAUCAAAGUGAUUGGACUGUAAUCAUGCAAAAGAUGGUUUUAUCAUAUCUAGUACAUCAUGGAUAUAGCUCGACCGCAGAAAAGUUUAGUGACGUUACUGGUCAAAACUUUGCGGAGGAUAUUAAUAACAUCAAAACUCGGCAAAAAAUCCUUAAAUUAGUUCAAAUGGGAAGAAUUGGACAGGCUAUUGAAUUAACGAACAAAUGUUUUUCGGGUCUAUUAGAUUCAAAUCAAAAUUUGUUAUUUAUGCUGAAAUGUCGUCAGUUUGUAGAAAUGGUGAAUGGCUCAGAUUUGGAUACAUCUUCACAUCCAUCCGUGAUUCAAUCCACGAAACAUUAUCAACCUGAUCUAUUAGAUCAAACGUUUAGUAAUGACAAUCAAAAUUAUUCAAUAUUCAAUGAGGAAAUAAACACUCCGAACCAGCAACAAUCUUUUAAGUUUAAACGAAUAAAUGAUUACAUUGAAAAUCAUUAUCACGACAGUAAUUCUGAAGAUAUUGAUAUGGAUGAAAAUGGAGGUUACAAUAAUAACUCAAAAGCAUCAAUAGAUAAUACAAAUGAUGAUUCAGACGAUAUGGAUGUUGAUGUUUCUCCUAUUAGCAACAAAUCUAUAAAAUCUGGUAUUGAGAGAAUGCUAGAAUUAGGUAGAGAACUUUUGCAAAUGAGUUUGCGAUUAGAGAAAAAAUAUCAGAAUGUGAAUGACGAGAUAAUAGCUGAAAAUCGGAAAAUGAUGGAGGAAGCUUUCAGUCUAUUAGCUUACUCAAAUCCAUGGGCUAGUCCCGUUGGAAAACAAUUAUCUCCAUCAAAACGAGAACCGAUUUGUGCGAAAUUGAAUUCAGCUAUACUAGAAUCUAUGAAUUAUCCAACUCGGCCGCCUUUAGAGCUAUGUCUUGCUCAUACUCGUCAAUUGAUGACUGAAAUGUCAGAUAAUUCGCUUGGUUCUUGUGCUUUUGUAAACAUGGACGAAAUUAUCGGUUAAUAUUUUUGAUCCAAGUUUCAUGUAAAUAAUACAAAUAAUAAACAGAAAUAAAGCUCGUUGCAAAUAUAUUCUC